UGAAGUGCUUAGAUGCUAUCGUCCACUUAGCUAUGCAUGGCAUUGAUUGCAUAUGACAGCUGUUCCAAGAUGAAUCGCGACCAUGUACUCAAGAAGGCUUAACCUAGUGGUCAAUCCAAUGAUCUCACGGAACUAUUUACUCCGACUACCGACUGAGAUGAUUCAAUAUAUAGCUUACCUUCUGCCAAAGGACAUCGAUGUUGUUCACUUCUCUUUGUGCUGCUCCUUGCUAGCGGCUUUAAUUCUUCCGGCCCAGUCCUCCGUCUGGUGCGCACGAUUUGGAGAUACCUAUGACUUCUACGAGGAGCACUCUUCUGCUGAGCUGAGGGUUGAAUAUCAGACGCGUGCCAUAGUCCUCUCCCAGGAAAUUAACUUCAAGUUCGAUCAAACGGAAGCAGAGACACUCUGGUUGGAGGUGUUGCGGGACAUGCUCCUGGAGUCCUACAGCUGCUCGAAGUUGAGUGAAUCUAUUCCGAAGACCUUUCAACGAUUGCGAGAUGUACUUCGUCAGUGCGAUUUCCUGAGAAGGCCCAUCAGCGGCUACGGGUUGAGGAAACGAACGCGUCCCUCUGACCUGUUCUGUGGGGUUCAAUUGCGUAGUGCAUCGUUGGCUUUGGAAACUUUUAUGUCCUUUCGCUAUCUUCGCAGCGAUUACAACGUAGGUGUAGCCUACGCUUUCGAUGCCGGCGCGGCCAUACCAUUCGUCGAUAUUCGAAAGCUGGACCUCGAGAGCAUCCUACACACACGCAAUUUCUGGCUUCGCCAUCUUCUGAACCCGGACGAAGCCACUUUCUAUACCCCGUUCGCAUCUUCACAACCAUGCUACAGGCCUAGGGCAUGGGAGAACCUAGUGAUCAAGAAUUCACGAUUGGCCCACAACUGUCUCCGUCUCGAACCCGGCGGUGGCCCCCUGAAUUGGCCCCCGUUGUUCGAGGCAAUAAUCCCAACACAAGGUCAGGAUACCAAUCGGAUUUACUAUCGCGGCAUGCAGGUAACCCAUGGUUCCUUCGAUAACACGCUUUAUCUGGCGAGAGGCUUUGUUGAAUCCAUUCACGUUCCGCAAGGAGGGUUCCCUGACUGGUGCCGUAUUUGUUUUAUACUCUACAGAUCGAAUUAUGUCAAACUCACAAAUUUGCCGGUGACUACCAGUGCAAAGUCUGCAGGUUAUGAAGAUAGGUGGUUUGUCGAGGAGUGGCCGCCUCUCGAUAUUUCGAUGGAUUUUGAGUGCAUGGUUACGAAGGAGUCAUAUUUCCUAGUGGAAUGAUAAUGAUUGGGCGAUGGGUCGACAUGAUGGAACCAUCGGCAAGGGAACCCUUUAUCUUCUGGCGUAUA